AUGAAGCACCUCGCCGCUUUCCUCCUCCUCGGCCUCGGUGGCAACACCUCCCCCUCUGCCAAGGAUGUCAAGGCCGUCCUUGAGUCCGUCGGUAUUGAGGCUGAUGACGAGCGCCUGAACAAGCUCAUCUCCGAGCUUGAGGGCAAGGACAUCAACGAGCUCAUCGCUGAGGGCUCCAGCAAGCUUGCCUCUGUUCCCUCUGGUGGCGCUGGUGGUGCCGCCGCUGCUUCCGGCGGUGCUGCUGCCGGUGGUGCCGCUGAGGACGCCCCCAAGGAGGAGAAGGAGGAGGAGAAGGAGGAGUCCGACGAGGACAUGGGAUUCGGUCUCUUCGACUAA